AUGAGCCUCUGGCAUCUCCGGAGGAUGUCAUUCUUCCUGGAACUCCCCCCAUACCCUGAAGAUACGAACCUGAUGAAACGACAAGAAGCCGACCAGACACAGAGUGUGGUCGUAGAAACGGUUUUGCAAGUGGUGGACACCAACUCUCAUACUCUUUGGCAAUCCGCUGGGGUUGAUUUCCCGUUGACGCUUUCGGACCCUGCUUUUGGUACUGUUACCCUAUCGGCUGGCGAAACUGCAUUUGCAUCGGAGGCUGCGUUGCUCGUUACAUCCCCAACAGCUCUACCCAUCGCUCAACAAACGAAUGUAACGACCCCAACGUCCGAGGCUGUAUCACAUACAAGCAAGCCAACUGCGGCUGUUUCUUCGCCAAAGAUUUCAUCCGCUAUCAGCUCCACACCAACAUCCUCAAUACCUCUCGUCUCGCCAGCAUCCAAUUCUACAUCGUCGCCUACUGCAUCCUCUCAAAUUGCGAGCAUUUACUCUACUUCAUCCGCGUUUUCUUCAACAACAUCUUCUAGCAGCUCAAGUACGUCAACAAGUUCAUCCACCUGGUACGGAGGCUAUGGUCAGACUAUCGGUGGCACUAGCAGCGGAUCAUCACCGACCAGCACCAACUCAGAAUCCUCAUCAGGGUCAGACACAGCCUCUGACGCGACAACUCCAAAAAUUGUUGGCGGUGUUGUUGGUAGUGUUGCCGGAGUUGCUCUACUUUUGUUGCUGAUUUUGUUCCUGUUCCGCCGGCGCAGCCUCCAGCAAAAGGGCACGCAAGCCCUGCCAUCAUCAUCGGAUUCUGGUGCACGAGAAGUAGCCGAACGACGAACAAGCAAAGAUCCUCUCUUUGGUGCGUCAUAUCUUGCACCCGCCUUCGUGAAGCGCUGGCGCCAGUCCACAAUGAGUACCAAAACAGAGAGUACCGUAUCUUCCACUCCAAGUGAGCGAGGCUUUCAAAAGAUAUCCGGACGCAAAAUUGCUCCUGUUCUCACCCAUGGGGGUGACGGCUUCGGUGGUGCGUCGACUGGUGAUUCCCCAACCAUACCAGAUUCUCUCAUCGGUCUGUCUCCCUCAUCUCCCGGCGGCCCUCUUUCCUCGCCUUCACACGCACCACCAACGGCAACGCCAUUUGGCAUGCCGCUCGACACCAACGUCACACGCGAAGCCGGUGAAGAGAACGUCACCCCGACACGACCACGACAAGCCAACAUCCCAGUCUCCAGCUCAGUCAAUUUUAGUUGCCCAACGACCGUCACUCCUUCCCAUCCAAUUCCUCAACCCCAGAGUGCCGUACCGGUGGCUCCUCGAAAGGAUCCACUGGGGCGCAGCUUUCCAAGUUUUGAUGGGAGUCGCGACAGUCGCGGCAGCCGUUUCACGGAGAGCUUGGAUCUGUGA